AUGGCGGUGAGGAAGGUGCAGGAUUGGAAAGGAGUCACACCAGCAGCUCCAGUUCACACUAAUGAAGAUGCCGCCACACAGACGAAUCUGGGAUUUGUCCAUGCAUUUGUUGCUGCUAUCUCUGUUAUCAUUGUAUCGGAGCUGGGGGACAAGACGUUCUUUAUCGCUGCCAUCAUGGCGAUGCGCUAUAACCGGCUGACAGUGCUGGCUGGUGCGAUGCUUGCCUUGGGCCUGAUGACGUGUUUAUCAGUGUUAUUUGGCUAUGCCACCACAGUCAUCCCCCGGGUGUAUACGUACUAUGUUUCAACUGUAUUAUUUGCCAUUUUUGGCAUUAGAAUGCUUCGAGAAGGCUUAAAGAUGAGCCCGGAUGAGGGUCAAGAGGAACUAGAAGAAGUUCAAGCUGAAAUAAAGAAGAAAGAUGAAGAACUUCAACGAACUAAACUCUUAAAUGGACCAGGAGAUGUUGAAUCGGGUGCAAGCACCACGCUACCUCAGAAAAAGUGGUUGCAUUUUAUCUCGCCCAUCUUUGUUCAAGCUCUUACCCUCACAUUCUUAGCCGAGUGGGGCGAUCGCUCUCAACUGACCACCAUCGUCCUGGCAGCUAGAGAGGACCCCUAUGGUGUUGCAGUGGGGGGCACAGUGGGCCACAGCUUAUGCACGGGCCUGGCGGUCAUUGGCGGAAGAAUGAUAGCUCAGAAAAUCUCUGUCAGAACUGUGACAAUCAUAGGAGGCAUCGUUUUUUUGGCGUUCGCAUUUUCUGCACUAUUUAUAAGUCCUGAUUCUGGUUUUUAACAAGCUGUUUGUUCAUUUGUAUUUAGUUGAAGAUAGGAUAACUCUUGCUUUUCUGUACAUUGUGUACAUUAUAACUAAAGGUGAUAGAAAAUACUGUAUUUUGUAGCAUUGAUUUGUGAGUUUGAACCACUGAAUAAUGAGAGUAUUAGGUCCCAAAGAGAUAAUCAUCAAUUCUAUUUGCAGCGUGUACUUUUAAAAGCCUGCUAUCUCUUAAGUGUGAAUUUUUCUUUUCUCCUGUAUAAUUAUGUUAACAUGGUCUCCUUAAAAGAAAAGAAAACAAUGUAGAACUAUUACAUGGUGGGGUCGACCACUUGAUUUCUUUUAGCACUGACCCCUUCAAUAGAGAACAUAAAUUAUUUCAUGGAUCACUAAAGUAUUUUAAGAUAUUUACCUUAAUUAUUUUCCCCUUGGGGGAAGAAUGCAUUAUUAUCUAUCUUUAAAACACUUCAAGCCAGUAAGCAUUUUAAUCGAGUCUUUAAAAUUAUGUUCUUUUAAAAGAAGAGAGAGGAGUGAUCACUAUUAUAUUGAUAGCAAAACACAAGGCCACACCCAUUCCUCCUUUCUUUAAAUUGGGUAGAAAACCCAAUAUAAAAACAGUCAAUAUUUGACAAUGUGGAAUUACCAAAUUAGAAUACUAUGAAUGUAUUCAUAUUUUUUCUAUACUGAAUAAUGUAACAGGUAACAAUGUAAAUAAAAGUGGUAUGAUCA